UAGAAAAUACUGACAUGACCUCUGCUGGCAGAGGAAAGUUCUCAACAGAUUGUAAUGCUCAGAGUAAUGAAACCUCAGCUGAAAAGCACUCUCUGAGAAGAGGCUUCUCACUAACUCAUGCUGACCAAGAAGGCAAAACAUCCAUUUCUGGAGUCUCUGAUCCUCUUGAAGUUACUAAAGAACCUCGGGCACGGAUUUUAAAACCUGAUCUAGAGAUACCAUAUCAAGCCAAAAUCUCAUCAAUACCCCUAUCUUCUUUUCCAUCUAAACUACAGCAACUACUGGUAGCUGCAGCAAAAAAUGUCUCUGAAAUAUGGCAAGCUACAGAAACAGACUCUGUAAUUUAUAUAUGGCCAUUAAUAAAGUUAGAAGAGGCUUCCAGCUCCUUUUGGAACAAUUUUUCAAAGUCUUUAAUGCCAAGCAGCCAAAACUUUCCAAGACACUGUUCUAGUCCUGGUAUAACUGAAGAUGUGAGAUGUUCCCAGAUAACGCCAGAGAAACAAGAGCCAGCCAGAAAGAUAGCAAGAUCCUAUCCUCUUAUUGUAAAAUCAUCUAACAUGGUUGUUACAGAAAUUUUAAAGUCACUCAUCAGUAUGAAGAAUAAAGAUUAUAAGGAUAUGUUACCACUUUCAUCUGUUAGUCCUAUUGGAGAGCAAAUGGACAUACCUCUCUUUAAGGGAAAUGCUCUAAUGAUCUAUAAUAGGCAAGUCUAUCUUCUGUAUGUAAUGAGGAGUGAAGAUCUGGCAGCAGGAAGGGAAAUGGUUUGCCACCAUCAUAUGUUGCCUAUGAAGACCAUGGUUUGGCUCAUUACAUGUGGUUCUAUCUGCAGUCUACCUUUUAAAGUUCAACAUCCGCUGCUGUCAAGAGAGGAUGCUGUGAAACAGGACAUAAAAUGUGUUACAGCCUGUUCUACCCCCACAUGCCAAGACAAAGCAUCAAAUGAAACACAUCCCUCUUCAUGCGAGAUGACUACCAUCUCUCAGCCCAGGAACUGCUCCCCUUUUACUGCAGAAAAGCAGCAGUUCCUCAACAAGACUGUGUCUCCAUCCAGAGAAAGCUUGGAAAAAAGAAAUGAGGAAGAAGCACCUCAGGCUAAAGACAAAAAACUAAGAAAGAAAUUUGGUAUUGUUAAAGAUGUAAGUGUCGUUCUCAACAGGCUAAGUCCCUCUGAACCUGAGAAGUAUACUGGGAAAGCUCCUGCAUGUAAAAGGAAGGUAACAACUACGACAAAGAACUGAGGAAAAGUUCCAAACAUACUUACCUAGCCAUACGAAGUAUGCUUCACCUUGAAGUAUUCAUUACACAGUAUUAGCACACUUCUCAAAAAUUUUGAGCAUUUGACCUCAUGAUAUAAAAUAUUUUCUAUUUGAGAAUCUCACCACAGUUACUUCUAAAAUGUCAGAAUCUGUCUGUCUUCUUUUUUCUCUCCCAGUUCUUGCAAAAACUGCAGACAGAAUGCCAGCUGUUGCUGAAAUCUUUUCUGGGUCUGUAUUCUGUUUGGCACUCAUACAACUGCAAGUGAAAUUAGAAAAAGUGCCUGCUGACCUCUUACUGAUAGUAAUGGUUGCAGUCUGUGCCAAUGUGUAUCUCAUAGGCAGAAACAGUAAGCUCUUCAUACCUGUGCUAGGCUCUUUCUGGUUUGGACAUAUUGCUGGUCAUUUUAAGAUGCCGGAAGCACAAACCACAUUUAUAGUCAUUGACCUGUUUUUCAAAGAGUUUUGCCCUAUGGCCUUGCUCAGAAAUAUCUUUUGGCCGUUUUGCCUGAUAUCAUCAGAGACUCUGGGAAUAGGCAUUGCUUUCUCUUACCCCUCAGAUUUUCAAACUCUCAGUGCAGAGUGGCCUCUUAUAUCCAUUUUUAAUUUUCCUAAAACAAAGCUCUUAAGAGUGUUUCAGAAGACAGACUGGACAUGCAUGUCCAAAAAAAAUACUUUUUUCAAGUUCUUAUUCUACAAAUAAAUUAAUGAUCAAUAGUGAAUUAGUAUUUCUCCUAGAUCUGUCUAUUAUCUCUUGUUCAGCAUUAAACUUCCAUUUCUAUCAACUGGGUUUUAAACCGUCAUGACCCAGCCUUCCCAAGAUAUCUGAGAAUGGUCUGUUUUUGUUUUCCCUGAAUGGGAGCGUCAUCAGCAUUCAUGGAAAUAUACUAUAUCUUUUUAUGAAAUAUUUCAGGGCCAGGUAAAGCAAAAAUUUCCAAAGAAUAUAUCAAAAAAGCACAGG